ACACUUUUAGGUUAUACCUUGACAAGUCUUGCAGACUGGUCAAAGUUGAUCUCUCACAGCAAUUUAUAUUUUAAAGUUGAAUAAAAGUUAAUAAUUUAAAAAAUCAGAAGAAAUAACAGUGAACAUUUAGUACUAACACUACAGGUGUUAUCAAACCCAAUCACAACUAGUCAGAACAUAGAAACUAAACAAAAGUACCUAACCGGAACUAGAAACAAGACUGAAGCUGAUGUAAAUUUAUACUCUUAGUUAUUAGUAUUUAGAUACUUCCCCUGCAAGUAUUUACCGCCAUUUAGUUGUGAUUUAAAGUAAGAAAUAAUACCACAAGGUCACAAAAAAUAAAACUACUGAAGAAAAUAAUAUUACAAGUGCAGUGCUAGCUAAGCUCCCAUACAGCAUCAUAACCAGUGAAGCUUCAAUCCUGAGGGCAUAAUGAAGGAUAUUAAUCUUAAUAAUACUUCAGAUCCUGAUUCUGCUAAUGGAACUGAGUCUGUCAAGGAAGAUGUAAACCAAAAUGAAAAAAUAAUCUUAGAAACUAAUAAUGAAAACGAAAAUAUGGAGCAGAAUAACACAAGCCCUGAUGUUAGUGUCAAAGAAACACUAAAUGGUAACGAUGAGACUGAUAAUUAUGUAGGUGAACCAGAUGAACUUAAAUCAGAGGUUUCGGAGCUGGAGCCUGAUGCACCAGCCAUCACUCUAAAGCAUAGUUAUAAUGCAGAACAAUGGUCCCCUUUAAAUCCAUCUGGCAAGAAAGUCUAUGAUGUUAACCUGCUCAAGGAAAUACAAGAAGAUCCUUUAUGUAAGACUAUGCCAAAAUCGCCUCUUCUUGAAACAUGUAAUAUCCUGCGGACGGCCCAGUCACAAGAUUCAUUGAUAGCAUUCAAUCAUAUUAAUCGCUCGAUGAAUGACUCAUUGUUUCCAACUUUCCUUAAGACAAACUCUGGUAGCAUGAGAAACCCUAUUCUACGUGAUGGCAGAAAGGACAAUAGAAGUUCAGGUCAAUCCCUAGGUAGAGGCAGUAUGAAAUUAAACUCGCCAUCGAGAAACAGCGGUGGAAGGAAUAUUUGCAUUUCACUCCGCGAAGAAGUGAAACUAAACGAAACGAAAGAUGCUUGGAGACCAGCCAGGCUCAAGAAGGAUAACUUGGAUGAAGCUGAGUUGAAGACACAGGAGUUAUAUAAGAAGUUCCGCGGUAUUCUGAAUAAAUUGACGCCCCAAAAGUUCGAUACGCUCGUUGAUAAGGUGAAAUCGCUCGAAAUUGACACUCAGGAACGUCUCGAGGGCGUUAUCGAUCUUGUUUUCGAGAAAGCUAUUGAGGAGCCGAACUUCUCCGAAGCAUAUGCUGCUAUGUGUAACAAACUUUCUACUCUAAAGGUUCCAUCAACAAAUUCCCCUAACCAAUGUGUUAAUUUCCGUGCGAUGAUCAUCACAAAAUGUCAGAACCAGUUCAUCAAAGAGAAAACAGAUGAGAUUGUGGUAAAGCUAGAGAAGGAGCUCACUGAGUGCACUGAUGCUGCCAAGAAAAAGGAAUUGCAUGCACAACUGGGAGAAGCUCAACGUCGCGUGCGCAUGCGUUCAGUUGGAAACGUUCGAUUUAUCGGCGAGCUAUACAAGUUAAACAUCUUGAUAGCCAAAAUCAUGGUAUAUUGUAUGAAUUACCUCAUCGAUAAGCCAGAAGAAGAGAAGCUGGAAUGCCUUUGCAAGCUGCUCACCACGAUUGGGGAACAGGUGGAAAAUGAGGCCAAGGAACAACUGGAUGUGAUCAUCAAUAAAAUCCAAGAUAUUGUCAAUGAUCGUAAGAGUAAGAAGAUUAGCAGCCGUGUACGGUUUAUGCUACAGGAUGUAAUUGAACUGAGAAGACGCAGAUGGGUAGCUAAGAGUGUCUUAGAUAUGCAACCGAAGAUGAUGGACCAGAUCCAAAAGGAAGCUGAGCAGAAACAACGGCAUAUUGAGUUGAUGAAUUCGCCGGUGGGAGGUGGUUUCCGACGUGACGAUGGCAAUCGCAAGAAGCGCGGCGUCGAAGGCCGGAGACCAGGAAAUAACUUCAUGGAUAACACUUGGAAGACAACGACAACGAGAAGUAACUACGUGGUGGAUACCAGCAAACUCAAGGCCAUGCCGCAAAAGAACCCGAACUUGGGCAGCAUAAAGCUGGCUCCAGCUCACAGCACAUGGAACCACGGAUCUGGAACUAAAUCUCAAAUAGCCGCUCCAAUCAGGAAUAAGUUCAGCAUUCUGGACAACGUUCAGAUCGACCUGACAACACUUACAGCCGCCAAGGACGCACCGCCCGCUGCCUACCAACAGUCGAAGUCGAUCGAGAGGUCUACAUUUAACACACGCAAUGAUUUCGCCUCUUCGCGCUCCGGUUCAAUUGAAAGGACUAAAACUUCGCCCACGCCACCCGAGGCACCAGCCUCCCAGACGAAAGCACCGGCCGCCCAAGAACCGCUGCCAGAGAACCUUAGGAAAUUCGUCAAACAAUUUAUCGAUCUCUCGAUAAUGAAUCUCAACGAUGAGGAGCUGGUAGAAGAGAUUAAACUCUUUGGAUCGCAAUAUCAUGCCGCUAUGGUUACUGAGAUACUUAAUGUUGCGCUUGAGAAGAAUGCGAAAGCAAUUAGUAUUCUCUCGAAGUCGGUGAUGAAAGUAGUCAGUUUGGGAAUUUUAUCGUGCGAGAACUUCUUGGCAGGAAUGGAUGAGAUCUUUGAGUGUGGCCCGGACCUAUACAUCGAUAUACCGAUGCUGUAUACAUAUCUUGGGAAAUUCAUCGCUCCGCUUAUUGAAAAUAAGAACAUGACUCUCCAACAAGUCCACAAGGCUGCUGGGUCCCUGGUAUCGUCAGGUCACGGUCAUCUGUUACUAAAAGCAAUUAUUACCGAGUUGAAGGACAGUAUGGGACCAACAUUCACCAGGACUAAAUGGGUGGAAUCAGGUCUACAGUUGAAACAAUGGAUGGAUGAUGAUAAGGUAUCAAAGUGGGUAUCGGACAAUCACUUUGAAUUUCUAGAAGGCUCCGAAGAUUCAUCAAGCGUUGAAGAGAAGCCGAAAUUGCCCCCAAGUGAGGUGCAAAAAAAAUUGCUUCAAUUGAUGAAUACCGAUGAAAGUUGCGACUGCCUCCGUGGAUGGGUCAAGGACAAUAUCGCCUCAACCGAGGAAUCGUGGUUCCUCCGUUGCCUUACCCAAGCGAUAUGCGAGUACGCUUACUCGCCGGAAAAUAGUACGCAUUUGAACGUUGAUCGUAUGAACAAAUACUCGUCUCUAAUUAGCGAGUAUGCUGACACUCAGCCAGAACGCGAAGCUGACUGUCUUUUCGGUAUACAGCUUUUGGUACAUCGGCUUGAGCAUCCCCAGGGUUUGACAUUGGAUAUAUUCCAAUACUUGCAUGAGCAUUACGUGAUAUCGAUGGAUGGAUUUAUUGCGUGGGAGACUUCAGAAAUGGUACCCGAGGGAAAAGCGGUAAUGCUAAAAGCGUUGACAUCCUUCUUCACGAGCAUACGAGAGGCGGACAACGAAGACUCAGGCUCCGAAGCCUGACCGGAUCCUUAAUCAGCAAAUCAACGGCCCUAUAUAAUAUAUAAAAUCAUUGAAACGUCAAUUUAUUACGCCAUACAAAGCAUAAAUAAAUUUACAUACAUCAGGUUUCAGACAUGCGCAGUGGAUUUUUUUAUUAACUCAUUAUGCAACCUUUGAACUUUAACUAAUAUUUAAUGUCAUUUUCAUAAUAAAAAAAUAAUAAUUUUGUUUUUUUUACUAGUUUUUUAAGCAUAAUCUUGAUAGACUUCAUUAAAGCUUGAUAUUCUAUUUUAUUUUUAUAUUUUAUAUUUGUUAAAACUGAUCCUAAAAAUGUAUGGUACAGAUGUUUAGUGACAAUCCAUCAGGUCAAUGCUCGAUUUGUCUCUUAUAGAAGUUAGGACGGGGUUGCAAUGGUUUGGGAGUUGACGUCAAAAAUUAUUAACGCAUAACCCCUUUAGAAAUUUCGUGACAAAACUUAUGGCAAGGAAUAUUAAAAAUUAAAUUAUUUACAUCGUUUGGCGUAAUUAUGAAUUCUAAAUGGAAUAUGAUGUGGAAUCCUGCUACUGUACCAUAUAAUUGGUUGUAAUUAUGGAUUUAGAUUUGUCUAGUUUUUCAUUCAAAGUACACAAUCGCGUGAAUCGUCCGCCAUAUAGGACGUAUCGUAAACUUAAUGUAUAUAGUAUAUUUUUCACGUGAAUGUUUAGAGAUAUAUAUCGUUUUCUUUUAGGUAUCAUUUCAGUAUCUAUAGCGCCUUUUAAUAUUGUUAUGAUGUAAAAAUAAACUUUUUAUCGAA